GGCCGGACGGCGUAGAAUCUUCGUCGUCCGAGAGACAUCGAACGCGGGGCCUAACCCCGAUUGAAAAAACUGCGGCAUAGAUGUCUUUUUUGAAAGAUGUUCAGCUGCUGCUUUUUCAGAAUGUGCUGCCAAUUUUGCCAUAUAUGGAAGACACUUGCUGAAAUUAUUCAGCCUCUCAUUGGUUAUCACACACCUCAAGCGAAUGUCACCAAUGAAAAGCCGAGAACCGGCACCAUUCUAACAAAAAAAAGAAUAAAUGGUCACCAGUCCAUCUUUUUGGCCCCGGCAUAAGGCACCGGCAGGCAAACAUAAGAGAAAAAAAUGCUGUCCCUGAAAUCAUUCCGCACUCUUCUCUGCCGUGUUCAGGCCACUGCCUGCAGGACCUUGACAACUUCAGGAAGUCAACCCAGAAAUGCCAAGGUUGGAUUCAUCGGCCUGGGGAACAUGGGAGGACCAAUGGCAGAGAACCUCCUCAGCCAGGGCCACCAGGUGUCUGUGUAUGACGUGUCCGCUGAGGCGGUGUCCCGUCUGGGCGGCCUGGGCGCGGCGCCGUGCCGCACGCCGGCGGCCGUGGCCGCAGCCAGUGACCAGGUGGUCACCAUGCUGCCUAACAGCCAGCACGUGCAGGCCGUGUUCGCCGGGCCCGACGGUCUGCUCAGCGCGGUGAAGCCCGGCACCCUGAUGGUGGACAGCAGUACUAUUGAUCCCGCCGUCUCCCAAGAGAUGGCGCUGGCGGCCAAGGACAAGUCUGCUGUCUACAUGGACGCGCCCGUGUCUGGAGGUGUCCCGGCGGCGCGCGGCGGCACGCUCACGUUCAUGGUGGGCGGCCCCGAGGAGCACUUCGCCGCCGCCAAGGCUCUGCUGGAGGCCAUGGGCAAGAACAUUGUGCAUUGCGGCGACGUUGGCAUGGGCCAGUCGGUGAAAAUCUGCAACAACAUGAUGCUGGCCAUCUCGAUGAUCGGCGCGGCGGAGACCAUGAACCUGGGGGCCCGGCUGGGGGUGGACCCGAAGCUGCUGGCGGGCAUCCUGUCGACCAGCACGGGCCGCUGCUGGGCCAUCGACACCUACAACCCGGUGCCGGGCGUGUUCGAUAACGUGCCCUCCUCCAACAACUACCAGGGCGGUUUCGGCACGGCUCUGAUGUGUAAGGACCUGGGCCUGGCGCAGUCGGCGGCGGCGGCCACCGACUCGGCCACUCCGCUGGGCGGCGCCGCGCUGCAGAUCUACCGACUGCUCGUCAACCACGGCCUCGGCCAGCUCGACUUCUCGGCCGUCUACAAGUACAUCUCGGAGCGCCAGUAGAGGUGGGCGACGACCUCCACCAGUACACUACAUAGAGCUGGACGGCGCCCUCCACCAGUACAUCUCGGAGCGCCAGUAGAGGUGGGCGAGGGCUCACUGGAGUCCUCCCUCCCCUCUCGCGCUCCCUCCCCCACACAGCGGCGCCAGCACUCCAUAUAUCUGAUCCUCUCUGGACUUGACAAACAGCGAUACCGUCCAGGCCCGAGGUCGGUCUGCGGCCCUGAGUUCGGGCCGAGGGGCGGGUGUAAGUACGUCCGAUUGUGCAGAAUUGUGACUGAAGGACAGGGUUCGCCGAUUGAAGGACGGCCAGGGAAUGUGCUGAACACUGAGCGGGAGGCCACGGCUGGUUCCAUCGGUUGUAGGUGGUGCCGACUGCCGACCAUAGUUUUGAUACCAUGUGAUUGUCUCGUCGUCUCGGUGGUGGAACUUUUCACGACUCGUCUUAUAUCGUGGUUCAUUCUCGUCCUAGCUGAUCUUUGCGCUAGUGUCUCGCUUUUCGAGCGGCAAUGGACGGGUAACAUCUGUGUUCUGAAAUCAUGUCCUCUCAGCAGUCUUAUAAGUGGAUUGUAUGUCGGACCUCCGCUACUUUCUUUCAUGUGCUGGCAAAAUGUUCCUCCAUUGAGCAUGCGUAAGAAAAGGUAGGCAUUGAUUAGGUGCACUUCAUUACCAUUUUCUGACUUGUCAAUGAUGGGAUAAAUUCAUGAAUCUAUGUUUGAAGUUGAAUUUUAGGCUAUUUCGGUAAGUUCUUUUUUGGUGCAAUUAGCCUAGGUGUAGUCCGAUCCGAUUUUUAUGCUUUCGUGUAUGAUCCUUGAAAGUGAUAUUUGUUUUUGAGACCAUCUGAACCAGUGCAAUACCAGUGCGACGCGGAUUUUGAGUGAAAGCUAUGUAUGUGUCGAACUAGGUAGUUAUAACGAUGUUAUUCAACGAACAACGCAAAAUAAAAUAAAGACAAUGAA